AUGGCCACGGAAGAAUCUAUAUUAACAUCUUUUCUUUUAAAUAGUGAGCUUCAAGAUAAUAUUACUUUUAAACAGUUUACUAAUCUUUUUCCUACAAGUUAUAGAGAAAUUCAAAGUAAUCGUCAUAAUAUUAGAGAAACAGUUAAGAACAAUAUUAUUGAAGAAUGUAAAAAGCAUGAGAAAUUGGAUCUUCAAAAAUUUAAAAAAAAGAUUUUAAAUCUUGAUGAUAAUGUUUUUGAUGGGGUUGAUGAAAAAUGUUUAACAAUUGAUCAAGCAAUAGAAAAAUUGACAAUGGCGAAUAAGAAUAUGAUCGAAGAAACAAAAAAUAUGAAAAAAGAAAAUUUAAACUUAUUAGAAAAUAUUCAAAAAAUAAAUGAAGAUGUAAAUGAUUUGAAUAGUAGGUUAAAACCAAUAAGUAAAUAUAUGAUCGAAGAAAUUAAAAAAACAAGAAAAGAAAAUUUAAAAUUAUUUGAAAAUAUUCAAAGAAUAACUCAAAAAUUAUACGUGUCAAAUAAUCAGGAUUAA